UCAUAAGGCUGCGCCACUCUCCUGUGAUUCGGCUGAAGAAAGACGUGAACCAACGUGUCCAAACACGCACAAAAAACUCCUGGUGAAGCAACGAGAUCCACGUGUCAUAAAGAUGGCAUUUAUUAAAGUGGAGAGUGAAGAUAUGAAGAUUGAAGAAGCAUUCGAAGUGAAACAAGAAGAUACCGAGACACAAACAGAUCUGAUGCCGCUGAAAGAGGAGAUUCAAGAUCUGAAUGAUGUAAAGGAGGAGAAACAUGAUGUCAUAACUGGGGAAAACAAUCUUAGCUGCUCAGAGACUGAAGAGACUUCCUCACAAAAAAGAGCUCAAAAGACACGGGGUAGACGUUAUUUCACCUGCUUUCGGUGUGAAAAGAGUUUCAGCCAACGUGAAAACCUUAAAGCUCACAUGAAAGUUCACAAUGGAGAAAGCCCUUAUACCUGCCAACAGUGUGGAAGAGGUUUCACUGGAAAAGGAAACCUUCAUAUCCACAUGAAAACUCACACUGGAGAAAAGCCUUUCACCUGCCAACAGUGUGGAAGAAGUUUCAGUGGAAAAGGAAACCUUAAAGUCCACAUGAGAAUUCACACUGGAGAAAAGCCUUACAUCUGCCCUCAGUGUGGAAAAAGUUUUGCACAUCAAGGAACACUUAGUGACCACAUAAGAAUUCACACUGGAGAAACACCUUUCACAUGUGAUCAGUGUGGAAAGAGGUUCAAACGUAAAUUAAACCUUAAGGGCCACAUGAGGAUUCACGUGAGAGAGAGCUGUUUUAAAUGUCAUCAGUGUGGAAUGAGUUUCACAGACAGUGAUCUCCUUAAGAAUCAUGUAAUAACUCACAUUGGAGAGAAGCGUUUCAUUUGCCCUCACUGUGGAAGAACUUGCUCGAGCAAAUCAAACCUUGAGGUUCACUUGAGAAUUCACACUGGAGAGAAGCCUUUUACCUGCCAACAGUGUGGAAAAGGUUUCAAAGAAAAAAGAAAUCUUAAAGUACACAUGAGGCUUCACACCGGAGAGAAACCUUUCAUGUGUCUUCAGUGUGACGUAAGUUUCACAUACCGAAGAGAUCUGAAAGUUCAUUUGAAAGUUCAUGCUGGAAAUAGCGUUAUGAUUGGUCUACCAUUUCCAGAACGUGUCAGAAAGAAAACGCCGUUUAUGUGAAUCUCAGCUCCAGAGGCUUCCUAAAUCCUCAGCAAUUGUACACACUGUAAGGACAGUAAUGAUGGCGAUAUCAAUUCAAACAAGAGCCUGAUGAUGAAACAUUGGAAGAGAACUAAUUAUUCAACCCAAACCUCCAUUGCAAGGACGACUUGAGCAGGACAUUUCUCAGUGACAAGUUUUUACUCAGUCUGUCAUACAUUGAGAUGUUGCAACUGUAAUUCCUCUACAUCAGCAUUAACAUGUUAUGUAUAUCAACAAACCGAUGUAUAUUUCUAUUUCAUUGAGGUCCAAAUGUGGGAACUGUAUCAUUAACCAUAUCAAUAAUGGUGCAUAUGUCAGCUGAGCAAUAACGUGAAUGACCGAUGUAACAUUAAAGUUUGUAAAACAAA